AUGUUUGGAACCCUGCGCUACCUGCCUAAGAAGAAGACCGGGGAGUUCCUGAAGCGUGAAUCAGGGGUUGUGGGAAAUAUAGCAACCAACAAACCUCAACACUCAGCCUGUGAUAAUUGCAGGGUAAAAAAGAUCCGCUGCAGCGGCCGAAGAGCAGGAUGUUCGCGGUGCAAGACCCUUUCUGUACCCUGCAGGUAUACCCACGUCCCCACGCGGAAAUGCAAGAGGAAGCAAGCGCCCAGCUCUUCAAAAAAAGACAACGAGAACGAGACCUGUCUGGAAUCUAGCGCGGCACCCGGCCGAUCUCCCGCGAGGGACGCUGCCGCUACAGCUGCCGUGCAGCCGUCCCUGUUGACGAUGGAACCGCAUGGAGUAGACGAGAAUUACAUCGGGCUGGACAAGGCAAUGCACCGGGUCCAAGCUGACCCAGACUCGGUCCUGGAUCCGAUGUUGAAGGGCGUUUCGACUUGGUCCAGUUGCCUCAAUUGGUCUCCAGGAAGGGAUGGCACCUUCAUGCCGGACCCAGACUGUCCGAUGGCGGGGAAUCCACACGUCCCGGCUGAUUCCUUCACUGCUAAGUAUAUUAACACCGCACUCUUGUCGGUCCUGGGACCGCGCCCCAGAAAUAAAAUACUGAUGGACGACAGUUACUCUGGGUCGGAAAAUACUGCACAGCAACCGCCGCCGCCGCCCGCCGCCAGUGGUUUCACACCACCGGGUCUACUUCCGACUCCACCGUUGACCCAUAUUCUUGCCUCCACCCUGAGCACAAUCCGAUCCAUUGAGGAUACCCCUGAGAUUGCUAUGGAAGAGCAAUCGUCCUGUUCGUGCCUUAACUCGGCCGUCUUCCUACUGGACGAAUUGGAGUCACCCCAUCAUGAAGGGGCCCCCGGCGAGCAGGGUCUCGACUCCAUUCUUUCGAUCUACCAGGAAGUGCUCUUCCUGUGUAAGCGCAUGAUCAGCUGUGACUCCUGCCGAGGGAAGUCGGAGAAUAUGAUGGUGCUCACCAUGGUGCUUAAGCGAUUAGCUAUUCUCUGCGGGGAGGUGAUUGAUGCUUUUAUCGCGCAGAGGGAAGCAAACGGUCCGGGGGUACCGCCCGUACCCGUAGCCAUGAUGGAGAAGCAGCCUUUGGUCCUGGGCGAGUAUGAGAUCGAGGAUGGAGACUACGAGGUCAUGAUGGGGGUGUUGGUGACAAGGCGGCUGUCGGAAUUGGAAAGCUUUCUAGCCCGCAUGAAGAUGAUCAGCUCCCUCACCCGCCGCGCGCACCAGCAGGCAAGAAUGGCGCGCGUUGAUCAACAUAUUAAGGACUUGUCUCGGAAGCUCACCUCCGUCUGCCCUCUUGUCACAGAAUUGCGGGUCGAUCCGAAUAGGCCAGUGGUCGCGAAUGCUGGGAGAAGCAUAUAUUUCUGUAUGAUGGUCCGAAUGAAGUCUUUGAUGCCCAACCCUGGAUGGAACAUCUCCAAGGUCAUCGUCAAUGAGCACUUGAACUGCCGCCUGCUGAGGUAG